AUGUUCAAUCCCAUAGAAACCAGAGAUCUCACAUGGGGGACAAGUAUUCCUGUGUGUCUUCACACACAUCAGAGAUCUUACACGGGGGAGAAGUUGCAUACCUGUCCGGAGUGUGGGAAAUGUUUUUCAUGUGAGUCCUUUUUUUUUAUAUAUUUUAGAUCUUACACAGGUGAAAAGCCAUAUGUCUGUCCUGAGUGCAGGAAAUACUUUUCAGUGAAGCCCAGUCUUCACACACAUCAGAGAUCUUACACGGAGGAGAAGUUGCAUACCUGUUCGGAGUGCGGGAAAUGUUUUUCAGAGAAGCCCUUUUAUUCAUAUAUGACAGAGAUCUCAUUCGGGGGAAAAGCCGUAUUGGGGACAAGAGGGUGA